AUGGCACUACCCUGUUAUCAGGCACUGAGAAAUACUCUGCGGUGUGUAGCAUUACAUCAAAAUAACAUGUCUUGUGGCUUAACUGAGCGUCGCCAGAACAACAGAGCCGCAGGUCCCCAAGGGGGAGGUGGUCCUGGAGGGCCUGCAGGAUCAGCAUGUAGACUGAGAGGUACAGGCACAAAUAAUGCAGCUGCUGCGAAUGCAAGAGGAAGCACGCCGAUAACAACAGCCCCCCAAAAUGGCCCACAACCAAGUGCUCAGGGACCCCCGCUUAGAGCUAAGCCUUGCUGCCUCUUAUGGUGUUGUUGCUGCAAGUGUCCUUGCUCUAACCCUGGAGGUAAGGCAAGUGAGGAGAAUGGACCCAAUAUAAAUUCCAAUAAUUCCGAUCUGAUGGUGAACUGCGAAUUAGAACCACCGUAA